ACAGAACGGCUCUCUAACGGCCGCCCGUAACGUGCCGCCAGAAGUAGUCCGUCCGCCGCCGAACCAACAACAAGCCCCAAAGGCAAACGACAGGAAAAAGAGGAGCAGUCCUCCCCUCCUACCGAAAAAGAAGCUAGUCUUCACAAGAUAGCCCGUGAGUUCUACGACAUCAGUUUAUCGCUAGUAGAGCCCAGAGAAAGCAUCGAGGAUGCCAGCCGUGAAGCCCCAGGAGGGAGAGGAUCCCGAUCCGACCCCAUAUCUCUUCGUCUCUCUCGAGCAAAAGAGAAUCGACCAGACAAAACCCUAUGACGCGAAGAAGGCGUGCUGGGUACCCGAUGAGAAGGAUGGCUACCUCCUUGGCGAGAUCAAAGCCACCAAGGGCGAUAUCGUCAGCGUCGGUUUGCCUGGCGGCGAGACGAAACAAUUCCGCAAGGACCAGCUGUCCCAAGUGAAUCCGCCAAAAUUCGAGAAAUCCGAAGAUAUGGCCGACCUGACAUAUCUGAACGAGGCGUCGGUGUUGCACAACUUGAAGCAGCGUUACUACGCCAAAUUAAUUUACACCUAUUCCGGCCUGUUCUGCGUGGCAAUCAAUCCCUACAAAAGAUUCCCCGUGUACACUCAUAGGUGCGCCAAACUGUAUCGCGGCAAGAGGCGUAAUGAGGUGCCGCCGCACAUUUUCGCCAUUUCUGAUGGAGCUUACGUCAACAUGCUUACUAACAGUGAGAAUCAGUCUAUGUUGAUCACUGGUGAGUCUGGUGCCGGAAAGACUGAGAACACGAAGAAGGUAAUUGCAUACUUCGCCACCGUCGGUGCCUCGAGCAAGAAAGAAAAAGAAGAGCCUGGCAAGAAGAAGGGCUCUCUGGAGGACCAGGUCGUCCAAACCAAUCCUGUCCUGGAGGCCUUCGGUAACGCCAAGACCGUCCGUAACGAUAACUCCUCUCGUUUCGGUAAAUUCAUCCGUAUUCACUUUGGCCCUUCUGGAAAACUGGCCGGUGCUGAUAUCGAGACUUAUCUGCUGGAAAAAGCUCGUGUCAUCUCUCAACAGAGUUUGGAACGUUCAUAUCACAUCUUCUACCAAAUGAUGUCCGGAUCAGUCAAGGGAUUGAAGGCAAUGUGCCUUCUAACGGACAACGUCGGCGAUUACUACUUCGUAUCUCAGGGCAAGACGACGAUUCCAGGCGUCGACGAUGGCGAGGAGUGUUUGCUGACCGACCAAGCCUUCGAUGUGUUGGGCUUCACUCAGGAAGAGAAGGACAACAUCUACAAGAUCACUGCGGCCGUCAUGCAUAUGGGUGGCAUGAAAUUCAAGCAAAGGGGUCGUGAGGAACAGGCUGAAGCCGAUGGCACUGAGGAAGGUGAUCGCGUGGCUAAGCUGCUUGGUUGCGACUGCGCCGAUCUUUACAAGAACUUGCUGAAACCAAGAAUCAAGGUCGGUAACGAGUUCGUUACCCAAGGUCGUAACAAGGACCAAGUAGCCUACUCUGUGGGCGCUAUGUCGAAGGCGAUGUUCGACAGGUUGUUCAAGUGGCUGGUGAAGAAGUGUAACGAGACCCUAGACACCAAGCAGAAGAGACAGCACUUUAUCGGUGUACUGGAUAUCGCUGGUUUUGAGAUCUUCGACUUCAACGGCUUUGAGCAGCUCUGCAUCAACUUUACCAACGAGAAGUUGCAGCAGUUCUUCAACCAUCACAUGUUCGUACUCGAACAAGAGGAGUACAAGAAGGAGGGCAUCGAUUGGGUGUUCAUUGACUUCGGCAUGGACUUGCUAGCUUGUAUCGAGCUGAUCGAGAAGCCUAUGGGUAUUCUCUCCAUCCUUGAGGAAGAGUCUAUGUUCCCCAAAGCUACGGAUAAGACCUUUGAAGAGAAGCUGAACAACAACCAUCUCGGCAAGAGUCCUAAUUUCCUGAAACCAAAACCGCCCAAGCCAGGUCAGGUGGCAGCCCACUUUGCGAUUGGCCAUUAUGCCGGCAACGUACCAUAUAACAUCACGGGCUGGCUUGAGAAGAACAAGGACCCGCUGAACGACACGGUAGUCGAUCAAUUCAAGAAGUCUACAAACAAACUACUGAUAGAAAUCUUCGCUGAUCAUCCUGGUCAAUCCGGUGACGCUGGCGGCGGCGGUGGCGGCAAGGGUGGACGUGGCAAAAAGGGCGGUGGUUUCUCCACCGUAUCGUCCUCCUAUAGGGAACAGCUGAACAACCUGAUGGCCACCCUGCGUGCUACUCAGCCUCACUUUGUCCGUUGCAUCAUCCCCAACGAGUUGAAGCAGCCCGGUGUAAUUGACUCUCACUUGGUCAUGCAUCAGCUCACUUGUAACGGUGUACUUGAAGGCAUUCGUAUCUGUCGUAAAGGUUUCCCCAACAGGAUGGUGUAUCCCGAUUUCAAGCUACGGUACAAGAUUUUGGCCCCGGCGGCGGUCGACAAGGCGAAGGAGCCCAAGGAAGCGGCCGCGGCCGUUCUGGAUUCUACCGGUCUCGACCCUGAUAUGUACCGUCUUGGACAUACCAAGGUGUUCUUCCGUGCCGGAGUCCUGGGUCAGAUGGAGGAACUCCGCGAUGAGCGUCUCGGCAAGAUUGUGUCUUGGAUGCAAGCUUACAUCAGAGGUUAUUUGUCCCGUAAAGAUUACAAGAAGCUCCAAGAGCAACGCCUCGCUCUCCAGGUCGUCCAGAGAAAUCUAAGGAAGUACCUCCAACUCCGCACUUGGCCAUGGUACAAGUUGUGGCAGAAGAUCAAACCUCUUCUCAAUGUCACUCGCAUCGAGGACGAAAUGGCUGCGUUGGAGGAGAAAGCCAAGAAGGCGCAGGAAGCUUUCGAGAAGGAAGAGAAGCUGCGCAAGGAGCUAGAGGAGCUGAACGCCAAGCUUGUCACCGAGAAAACCAACUUGCUGCGCCAGCUGGAGGGUGAGAAGGGCUCGCUUACCGAUUUUCAGGAAAAAUCCUUGAAAUUGGCUGCACAGAAAGCCGACCUUGAAUCACAACUCCAGGAUCUCAACGACAGAUUCAAAGAAGAGGAGGAUUCGAGAAACAAUCUCUUCCAGAACAAGAAGAAACUCGAACAGGAAGUAUCCGGUUUGAAGAAAGAUAUUGAGGAUCUCGAGCUAAAUCUGCAAAAGUCCGAACAAGACAAAGCAACGAAAGAUCACCAGAUCAGGAAUCUAAACGAUGAAAUCGCUCACCAGGACGAGCUCAUCAACAAGCUCAACAAAGAGAAGAAGAACCAGGGCGAAGUUAAUCAGAAGACCGCCGAAGAGCUCCAGGCCGCCGAGGACAAAGUCAAUCAUCUCAACAAAGUCAAGCUCAAACUCGAACAGACUCUUGACGAACUCGAGGACUCCCUCGAACGUGAAAAGAAAUCACGUGCCGACGUUGAGAAGGCAAAGAGGAAAGUGGAAGGUGAUUUGAAACUCACACAAGAAGCCGUUGCCGAUCUCGAGAGAAACAAGAAGGAACUCGAACAGACUAUCCAACGCAAAGACAAGGAACUCUCAUCCUUGACUGCCAAGCUCGAGGACGAACAAUCCCUUGUCGGCAAACUGCAGAAGCAGAUCAAGGAACUGCAGGCUCGAAUUGAAGAACUUGAGGAAGAGAUCGAGGCAGAACGCGGCGGGCGAGCCAAGGCCGAGAAGCAGCGCAGCGAUCUUGCUCGCGAGCUCGAGGAACUUGGCGAACGCCUGGAGGAGGCUGGCGGUGCCACUUCCGCUCAGAUCGAGCUGAACAAGAAGCGCGAAGCCGAGCUGAGCAAGCUCCGCAGGGAUCUCGAGGAGGCCAACAUCCAGCAUGAAUCCUCGCUGGCUAUUCUGCGCAAGAAGCACAACGACGCUGUCACCGAGAUGGGCGAACAGAUUGACACCCUCAACAAGCUUAAAGCUAGGGUUGAGAAGGAGAAGGUUCAAUACUACAGCGAAUGCAACGACUUGCGCACGUCUUGCGACCACUUGAGUAACGAGAAGGCUGCUCAAGAGAAGAUUGUCAAGCAGCUGCAACAUCAGCUGAACGAGACCCAAGGUAAGCUUGAGGAAGUGAACCGCACUUUGAACGACUUCGACGCCGCGAAGAAGAAACUGUCCAUCGAGAACAGCGAUCUGCUACGCCAACUGGAGGAGGCCGAAUCUCAAGUCAGCCAACUGUCGAAGAUCAAAAUCUCACUUACCACGCAAUUGGAGGAUACGAAGAGGCUCGCGGAUGAGGAGUCGCGCGAGCGCGCCACUUUGCUCGGCAAGUUCCGCAACUUGGAGCACGAUCUGGACAACAUCCGCGAGCAGGUUGAGGAGGAGGCUGAGGGCAAGGCUGAUCUUCAGCGUCAACUCAGCAAGGCUAAUGCUGAGGCGCAACUGUGGCGCACCAAAUACGAAUCCGAGGGCGUCGCCCGGGCUGAAGAGCUCGAAGAGGCAAAGAGGAAGCUGCAAGCCAGACUUGCCGAGGCUGAGGAGACGAUUGAGUCUCUCAAUCAGAAGGUCAUCGCUCUGGAGAAGACUAAGCAACGGCUGUCCACAGAAGUGGAGGACUUGCAGAUCGAAGUGGACCGCGCUACUGCCAUCGCAAACGCCGCCGAGAAGAAGCAGAAGGCCUUUGACAAGAUCAUCAGCGAAUGGAAGCUCAAGGUCGACGAUCUCGCUGCCGAGCUCGACGCCAGCCAGAAGGAAUGUCGCAACUACAGCACCGAGCUCUUCAGGCUCAGAGGUGCCUACGAGGAAGGUCAAGAACAGUUGGAAGCAGUACGUCGCGAGAACAAGAAUCUCGCCGACGAGGUGAAAGACCUGUUGGACCAGAUCGGCGAAGGUGGUCGCAACAUUCACGAAAUCGAGAAGGCCAGGAAGCGCCUGGAGGCUGAGAAGGAUGAGCUUCAAGCCGCUCUCGAGGAAGCCGAAGCCGCCCUCGAACAAGAGGAGAACAAAGUGCUGCGCAGCCAGCUCGAGCUCAGCCAGGUCAGACAGGAAAUCGAUCGCCGCAUCCAGGAGAAGGAGGAGGAAUUCGAGAACACCAGGAAGAAUCAUCAACGCGCCCUCGACUCCAUGCAAGCUUCCCUCGAAGCAGAAGCCAAGGGCAAAGCUGAGGCGCUGCGCAUGAAGAAGAAGCUGGAGGCGGACAUCAACGAGCUAGAGAUCGCGUUGGAUCAUGCCAACAAGGCGAACGCCGAGGCCCAAAAGAACAUCAAGCGAUACCAGCAGCAGCUCAAGGACGUGCAGACCGCGCUUGAAGAGGAACAGAGAGCGCGCGAUGAAGCUCGGGAGCUCCUCGGCAUCUCGGAACGUCGCGCCAAUGCCCUGCAGAACGAACUUGAGGAGAGUCGCACUCUUCUUGAACAAGCUGACCGCGGUCGCCGCCAGGCCGAACAAGAGCUCGCCGACUGUCACGAACAGCUGAACGAACUGAGCGCCCAGAACGCUUCCAUUUCCGGCGCCAAGAGGAAACUCGAGGCCGAACUGCAGACUCUCCACUCCGAUCUGGAUGAACUGCUGAACGAGGCGAAGAACUCGGAGGAGAAGGCGAAGAAGGCGAUGGUGGAUGCGGCCAGAUUGGCAGACGAGCUACGCGCCGAGCAGGAUCACGCUCAGACCCAAGAGAAGCUGCGCAAGGCCCUAGAGACGCAGAUCAAGGAACUGCAAGUGCGCCUGGACGAGGCCGAGGCAAACGCUCUCAAGGGCGGCAAGAAGGCCAUCCAGAAGCUGGAGCAACGUGUGCGCGAGCUGGAGAACGAGCUCGAUGGCGAGCAAAGGAGACACGCCGACGCCCAGAAGAAUCUGCGCAAGUCCGAGCGCCGUAUCAAGGAGUUGAGCUUCCAGGCGGACGAGGACCGUAAGAAUCACGAACGCAUGCAGGAUCUGGUUGACAAGCUCCAGCAGAAGAUUAAGACGUACAAGAGGCAGAUCGAGGAGGCCGAGGAGAUCGCCGCGUUGAAUCUUGCCAAGUUCCGUAAGGCACAGCAAGAGCUGGAGGAAGCCGAGGAAAGGGCGGAUCUUGCCGAACAAGCUAUUACCAAGUUCCGCACCAAGGGACGCGGUGGAAGCUCCGCGCGCGGACUCAGCCCAGUGCCACAUCGGCCUGCGUUCAAACCCCUAUUAGAUGGUUCCGCAUUCCCGCCACGCUUCGACCUGCAGCCCGAUGGUGAACUGUAAAGAUCCUUCCGAGGAAUUCGCUCAGAUAAUUAUAAACCGACAAAAAGAAAAAAAAGAAUAAAAAUGUUAACAACAGAAAACUCAAACAUCUGAAGAAUAAAAAGGAGGGUAAGAGAAGGAGAAGGAACAUCAUCGUCCUCAUCGAGUCCGAACGAAGACACGAAUACAUACAACGAAUCCGAGAGCUCGCUCGGAGCUCUCAACGGCAUCGUCGUCUCGCAAUCGAGCGUUCGAUCGAUCAUCACAAAUUCGCGUUGUCUUUCUCGACAAUAAAAUUUCUUAUAAAAUUAAUGCUCGCUCGAGAAGAUCGAAGGAAAAGAUGGGGACGCGGGAGAGGGUGCGUGUUGCUUCACUAUGCGAGCUGACGGUCGAGGGAAAGAGAGAGAGAGAGAGAGAGAGAGAGAGAGAAAGAGAGAGAGAGUGGAAGAGCAAGAGAUAUCGAGCGAGCGGACGAUGAGAGGGCGAGAGCCAGCGAGAGAUAUAUUAAUAUUUACGUAUUACACAUACACACACAUACACACAGAAAAAUAAAGGGGAAAAAUAAUAACAGAGCGAUAAAUAUACAUAUAAACAUUACACCCUCGCGAGAUGCACAGCAAGCAAAAGUGUUGAACGUAAAUGAGAAAAAUUAAAAAAAAAAUAAUACAUACA